CCACACAACAAAAUAAAUAUCAUUUCCCGUUGGCUUAUCUAAACCCCAGAACACACCCCACACCCACUCAAAACCCUCGUCCAUUUUACCGUCUCUCGCUGCCCUAACCUAGCAAUGGCCGCCACCAUCUCCCGAUCGAUCCUAACCGUCCGAUCACCCGGAGCCACCGUCUCCCUCCUCCAGAAACGUCUCUUCUCCUCCACCGUAACCAAACCACCGCCUCUCCCUGGGUUCCGCCACCCGAUUUCCGCAAUACGAUAUGCCACGCCCGCGUUAUCCCACUCGCUCCGAGUCAUUUCUCCUGUCAGGGUCAACCCGGUGCGGUGCCGGGUCGGCGGCCGAUCUGGUACUCCAUAUUCGCCGCUGAAUCCUGGUUCCAACUUUAACGACCGGCCGCCCACCGAGAUGGCGCCGCUUUUCCCUGGAUGUGAUUACGAGCACUGGCUUAUAGUGAUGGACAAGCCUGGCGGUGAAGGGGCCACGAAGCAGCAGAUGAUAGAUUGCUAUAUCCAAACCCUAGCCAAAGUUGUAGGAAGUGAGGAGGAAGCCAAGAAAAAGAUAUAUAAUGUUUCCUGUGAGAGGUAUUUUGGGUUUGGGUGCGAAAUCGAUGAGGAUACUUCUAACAAGCUCGAAGGUUUGCCCGGUGUUCUGUUUGUUCUUCCAGAUUCCUAUGUUGAUGCUGAAAACAAGGACUAUGGAGCCGAGUUGCUUGUGAAUGGAGAGAUUGUCCAACGAAGUCCCGAGAGACAAAGGAGGGUUGAACCGGCGCCUCAGAGAGCUCAAGACAGGCCAAGGUACAAUGACCGUACCCGAUAUGUGAGGCGUCGUGACAACAUGCGUUGAGGACAAUUUGACCAUUGGUUGAACAGUAAAAAUAAUUUGCUCGAGUGGAUUUGUCUGAAUUGGCGUAUGAUAUUUAUUUGGAUGAAGCAAUUGUGUGUCUGAAAAUCUUCAUGUGUAGAUUUUGUGAUGUUUAGACCAUUUUCUGGAUUGUGCUGUGUCCAAUAAAACUGCGUCUAAAUCGUUAUUUGAGCUUGUUAUUAGUUGUAUGGCUUUGAACUUUUGAGUGGAUGGUUUGAUUUAUCUUGGAAGAGUAGUUUUUUGGUGUAAUGAAUUGGUCAGAACUUGAAACCUUCUGAGGGGAUGGAUUUAUGCACACUGCUGCUGCUUUCUAGUUUUUCCUUUCGGUGUUAUUAGUUAUUCCAUGAAUAUGAAUUUAUGUUCACUUGUUCUGUCUUUUAUCUUUGUUGUUACAACGGGAGGAAGGUACUUGUUUUGCUCUUUUAUCAUUGUAAAUAUAAUACAUGAAGAAAUGGGUAAUAGGCUGUGGGAUGUAAGUCGGCCAUGUUCGAGACAUUGCAGGCUUUCCAAUUUUAGUUAUAUUCUUGUUUUAAGUUCAAGAUUU